AAUAUCCGCAGAUCAUUAGUGACAUUAAUAUAAAGACGUAAUACUAUUACGCCGUUAUUAUUCAGUGCAAUGAUAUCUAUAACUAUUGUGUUAAUCAUUCUGAUUUGUAUAAGUUAUUUCUACUUGAAUUAUCAUCGCCAACGACCUAAAACCAUAAACCACUUGUUGCCUGGUCCAAGAACAUGGCCGGUUAUUGGGAACGCUUACUGUUUUUUUCGACGAAAUCCUGAUGAAAUAUUGAAUAUUGUUACUAAGUGGGCAGAAGAUUAUCAGUCUCCAUUCCGAUGUUGGAUAGGUAACAAGUUAUUCAUUUUUGUAAACGAUCCAGACCAAAUAAAGACAAUCUUACAGAGUAGUCAUUGCUUGAACAAAAGUAUAUUAUACAAAUUUUUUGAACCAUUAUUGGGUGAGGGAAUAUUCACAGCUUCUGAAUUAAAAUGGCGUUUACAACGACGAUUGAUAUCGCCAACCUUCUCUAACAAUAUGUUACUAAGAUAUUUUGAUGUAUUUGUUGAACAAUCUUUAAUAUUAACGAACACAUUGGAAAAUAUAGGAUUAAAUAGCGAGAUUAUCUUUUUUGAACAUAUAUCGGAGCGUACUUUGGAUACUGCAUGUGUUACUUUGAUGGGCGUCAAAGUAAAACCAUCAUUAAUCAACCAAUUUCUCGAAACAAGACUCAGAACAGCUGCUAACUCUAGAGUGACAAAUUUGUUUUUAUAUUCUGACUUUAUAUUUAACUUGACUUCUAAUGGUCGAGAAUUCCGAAAGAAUAUAAACUUAAUGCACAUUAUUAUAGAUGAGGUAAUACGGCAGGCUGAUACAUUAAAUAGACUCAAUACCAAAAAUAAAAGUAAAAAAAAUAGAACAUUUUAUGACAUUAUAAUGGAUUCAUCCCAUAAAGAAAACUUCGCACAAAAUGAUUUCACGAAGAUGCUUCAUAAUAAUGUACUUUUUAUGUUAUUAGCGGCCAGUGACACAUCUGCUAUUACUUUGAAUUUUGUGGUUUUUAUAUUAGCAAAUUUCUCAGAAAUACAAGAAAAAGUGUAUCAAGAAUUACGGGAAAUUUAUGGAACCAAAACUCCAAAAUCUACUUCGAUAAAAUACGAAGAUUUACAACGCAUGAAUUACUUGGAAAAUGUCAUUAAAGAAACUAUGAGAAUAUUUCCUAUUGCUCCAUUAAUUGCGCGAGAGCUAUCUGAGGAUUUAAACAUAGGAAAUAUUAUCUUACCCAAAGGCACUGAUGUUAUUUUACAAUUAAUGGCGGUACACCGAAAAGAAAAGUUUUGGCCCAAUCCGUUAGUAUUUGAUCCGGACAGAUUUCUGCCUGAAAAUAUAGGAAAGUUUAAUUCAUUUUACAUGCCGUUUAGUUUAGGAUCUAGAAAUUGUAUGGAGUAUUAUUGACUUGAAAUAUCGCGGCCGAUGUCUACUUUUUCAUUUUUGACCCUAUGGUAUGACCAACUUUGGAUUUAGGAUUAUAAUUAAAUGACAACAUGACAUAUGUCAAUCUCUACUACACGAGUCAGAAGUUGGCGCAGAACAGAAAAUGAAAAUCUAUAUAUAUUUAUAAUAUCUAUAAUAUGUAAGUAUAUAUAUAUAUACAGAGUGUCUGAUAAUAAUUGCCAUACCCGUAAUGUGCAGAUAGAGCUUAAACCAAGCAAGAAAGUUCUUUACAAAUUUUUUUUGUAUAACGCUCAAUAAAAUAACUAUUAUUAAAUAAAGUUUGGUCAGUCAUUGCUGAUCUUUUGCUGGACGCAUGUCGGGGAGCUGAGCGCUUGAUAGUGUACGUGAACGUUCACUAUCGCAGCUUUAGGGUCAACUUGACCCCGUAACAUAUUAUUAUAAGAUAUUUUGUAUAAAAAUAUUGUAACUUUGAAAUCUUAUAACUCAGAAAGUAAUUAAAAAGGAACACUUUAUCAUAGUGUUUUGGAAAGCUCUCAAGAUGGGCUACAAGAAUAUGCAAUAAAAAAUAUAGUAUUCUAUUUAAAAAAUUAAAUGUGACCUUUAUGUGACCUUCAAAUAACUCUUCAAGGUCAAACCAAUAAUAUCAUUUUAUGUCCCCCUUGAAACUAUACAACAUUUGUCUGAAACAUUUUUACUGAUAAUGCUUCGUUGAAGAAUUAUCGAAGUGCGUUUUUUAAAAUGAGACACCCUGUAUAUAUUUUUUUAUGUAUUUUUUAUGUACGACAAAACAAUAUUUGUUGCUAUAAUCCGUUAAAGAACAAUACAGAAUUUUUUACAAUAUGAAGAAAAUUCAAACUACCAUUUUGAAUAUAAUUAAUUUCUUUUAUAUUUUAUGUAUUGUAAAAUAUAUUUAUAAAUGGAAGAUUAAAUUGUAGCAUUAUGUAU